CUUUAUUUUCCUCAUGAUAGUACCAGUAAAGUAUUGCAUUGGCUGACAUGUACAUGAACAUGAAGAAACUAUUGUGGUGUCGUCAGGGCAAGAAACCAAACAAAGAGCCAAGUAAGCAAACAAAAAACAAAUCCAGCAAGCAGCAAUCAUAGAUAGAAUUUGUGCAGAAGAAACAACCAGGAAUCUACAUAUCUUCCCUCCCGCUCAACCCUUUCUCUCCCAAAGAGAGCUAGUUCUUCAUCCUCCAAGAAGAAAGACAUACAAUUCUUCUUCUUCGUCUUCUUCUUCUUCUUCUAACUCCAACCUCCAUAACAUUCCUAAGAAAACUGUUCUUGCCUCCUCUUCUCGCAAGAGUGCCUGAGCCGUGAAGAAGAAAUCACAAAGCGCAAAAGGAACACAGAAGAUGAUCCCGUUCAUAGCGCAGAGGAAGAAACACUCCGUGCUCUAGCUGUGCUCUCGAGCAGAAAACUUCUCGCUGAUGCCAUCAAUGGGAGCGCGCGGCAGCACGCGAAGGAACGGCGCCGGUGGGAGCAAGGUGGAAUCCGAGCAGAGGAAGCUGCGGCGCGUCGAGCUCCCCUCCUGGUCCUGCCCUCCCAAUCGGCCUCCGGGCACCUGAGGCGUCUCGGCGUUCAUCUCCAUCCAAAACAACUCUCUUUCUUUCUUUUCUCUCUGGUGUGUUCUUGCACGUGUGUCCUUCGGUUUCGUCGACAACCCGAGGGAACAGGCUGAGAUCCUCGUGCGCUUCUGCUUCCUGUCUGAUACUGUGAUAUUGUCCUUCUGCCUCGAUCGACGCCAUGGCUCUGCUUUCCUUGUGAUUCUGUUUGGAAGCGUUGUUCCUAAGGAUUUUGAUCUUGGGAGAAGGGCUUUUUUCUUGGAAACAAGGGCGUCGUUCUCGCUGCCGUUUGCCACCCCUGUUCCCUUCCUGCUGGCUUUCCGUUGUCCGCGCUAGCAGCAGGACAAUAUUUUCUUGUGGAAACAGAGGUGUUUGCCUGUUGGGCUUUGGAGCUUGCUCCUCUCUUGUGGGGAAGAAGAUCUGUUAAAUUCCGGAGGACAAGCGUGCUCAGUUCUUGGCCAUCGUGCGCCUCGAUCCUAUAACCUUUGGCCUUCUGGACUGUCUCCUGAGACGACAUGAACUCCGGUGGGCUCUAUGACGGGUUCUACGGCGGUUUCGGCGGCGGCCACGGAUUCAGCCAGCUGGGGGCGUCGUCGUCGUCGGCCCUGUUGGACGGUGGGGCGCGGGAGCUGGACGCGGCCAUGGACGUGCAGAAGAGGAAGGGAGGAGGAGGUGAGCCCGAGGAGAAGGCGGCGACGGCACUGAGGAGCCACAGCGAGGCGGAGCGGCGGAGGAGGGAGAGGAUCAACUCGCACCUCGCCACGCUCCGGAGCAUGGUCCCCUGCACCGACAAGAUGGACAAGGCGGCGCUGCUCGCGGAGGUGAUAGCCCACGUCAAGAAGCUCAAGGCCCACGCGGCGCGAGUCGGCACCCACUGCCCCGUCCCGUCCGGCGCCGACGAGGUCACCGUCGAGCUCCUCCACCACCCCCCAACCCCCCACGCCGCGACCACCACCAACAACAACAACAACGGCGCCGGGCUCCUCGUGAAGGCGACGCUGAGCUGCGCCGACGACUGCGCGGACCUCUUCGCGGACGUGAGGCGCGCGCUGCGGCCCCUGGCGCCGAGGCUGCUGCGCUCGGAGGUCACCACGCUCGGCGGGCGCGUCCGGAUCUCCUUCCUCAUGGCGCGGGAAGGCGGCGUGACCGCGGACUCGGUCCGCCGGGCGCUCGGCUCCGUCCUCGACAGCAGGGUCAGCUCCGCCGCCGCCUUCGACUUCGCGCCCAGGGACUCGCUCCUCAAGAGCAAGCGCCGGCGGGUCUCCUCCGCGUUCGACUCCUCCAGCUCCUCUUCCUGAGUCCAGUCCCUCAACGGCAAGUUUCUAUCGGUAUCGCUCACUGCUGGAUCGAUUCAAUUGAACCCAUGCGAAGAUCGUAUGCGACUUGCUGUGAUUUUCUACUGUUCUGUGGGUUUUGUAAAGAUACAAAGCGAAGUGGCUUAUGAACAUUGCGUGGCAGUUCAUUGCUUUGGUUGCUUAUCUUCAAUUUGUAAGAAUUGACAUUUUGCUCCACACUCACCUAGCAUUUCAGGGUUGGGUGCAGCUUAAAAUUGUCACUUUCCAGAUGACAGUGUUCUGCCCAGCCCUCAUCUGAGAGUUGAUCUGCCAACCUGCAACAAUACGAGACUGACUCAGUGAGAUGCUUACAGAUGCAUACAGUUUCUGCUGGUAGGAUCCAGACUGAUGAUGAAAAUUGUUGCCAUGUGUGUACAACUAUUGUUGAGCCCAGCAGCAAUCAAGACUGCAUGUCUAUUGAUUUCAAA